GACUUGCUGCGGGCCUGGAAUUUCACCACCUUCCCGCCAACCGUUAAAGAGACGGUCACCUCCACCCCGGCCCAGCCCAGCAUCGUCCACGAACCCAUCAGGUGCACCUGCUCCAUGCAGGGCACCGGCUUCUCCUGCCCCAGCGGGGUGGGGGGCCACCCUCCCCAGAUGAAGGUGGUGACGGGGGACAUUCUGGUGGACAUCACGGGGCGCAACGUCUCCGAGUAUCUGCUCUACACAUCGGACCGCUUUCGGCUGCACAGGUAUGGAGCGGUGACCUUCGGCAACAUCCAGAGAUCCAUCCCAGCCUCUUUUGGGGAAAACGCACCUCCGAUGCUCCGGAAAAUUGCUGUCCGCAACACGGCCCAGGUGUACUAUAACAACAAAGGAUACCACAGCAUGCCCACCUACCUCAACGCCCUCAACAAUGCCAUCCUCCGUGCCAACCUGCCCAGCAGCAGGGGCAACCGCGCAGCCUAUGGCAUCACUCUGACCAACCAUCCUAUGAACAAGACCAGCGCCAGCCUUUCUCUGGAUUACCUCCUGCAAGGUACUGAUGUGGUCAUCGCCAUCUUCAUUAUCGUGGCCAUGUCCUUCGUGCCGGCCAGCUUUGUGGUCUUUCUGGUGGCUGAGAAGUCCAUCAAAGCGAAACACCUCCAGUUCGUCAGCGGCUGCGACCCUGUCAUCUACUGGCUGGCCAACUACGUCUGGGACAUGCUCAACUACCUGGUCCCAGCCACUUGCUGCAUCAUUAUUCUCUUCGUCUUCGACCUGCCAGCUUACACCUCUCCCACCAACUUCCCUGCAGUGCUGGCCCUCUUCCUGCUCUACGGGUGGUCCAUGACGCCCAUCAUGUACCCAGCCUCCUUCUGGUUCGAGGUGCCCAGCUCGGCCUACGUCUUCCUCAUCGUCAUCAACCUCUUCAUCGGCAUCACGGCCACCGUGGCCACGUUCCUCCUGCAGCUCUUUGAGCACGACAAGGACCUGAAGGUGGUAAACAGCUACUUGAAAAGCUGUUUCUUGAUUUUCCCCAACUACAACCUGGGCCACGGACUCAUGGAGAUGGCUUACAAUGAGUACAUCAACGAAUACUACGCAAAGAUCGGGCAAUUUGAUAAGAUUAAGUCUCCCUUUGAGUGGGACAUCGUGACCCGGGCGUUAGUUGCCAUGACAGUGGAAGGCUUCGUCGGCUUCUUCAUCACCAUCAUGUGCCAGUACAACUUUCUCCGAAAACCACAGCGUUUCCCCGUGUCCACGAAACCCAUUGAAGAUGAUGUGGACGUGGCCACCGAGCGGCAACGAGUUCUGCGUGGGGAUGCCGACAAUGACAUGCUCAAGAUUGAGAACCUCACCAAGGUGUACAAAUCGCGCAGGAUUGGGCGCAUCCUGGCCGUGGACCGGCUGUGCAUGGGCGUCCGGCCGGGGGAGUGCUUUGGCUUGUUGGGCGUCAACGGGGCAGGGAAGACCACCACCUUCAAGAUGCUGACGGGGGACGAGAUCACCACCAACGGCGAGGCCUUCAUUAACGGGCACAGCAUCCUGAAGGAGCUUCUGCAGGUCCAGCAGAGUCUGGGAUACUGUCCGCAGUUCGACGCCCUUUUUGACGAGCUGACGGCGCAGGAGCACCUGGAGCUCUACACCCGGCUGCGUGGCAUCCCGUGGAAGGAUGAGGAGCGGGUGGUCAAGUGGGCGCUGAAGAAGCUAGAGUUAGAUAAAUGCGCCAACAAGCCCGCCAGCACCUUUAGCGGCGGCAACAAGAGGAAGCUGUCCACCGCCAUUGCGCUGAUCGGCUACCCCGCCUUCAUUUUCCUGGAUGAGCCCACCACGGGCAUGGACCCAAAGGCUCGGCGCUUCCUCUGGAACCUUAUCUUGGACAUCAUCAAGACGGGCCGCUCUGUGGUCCUGACCUCACACAGCAUGGAGGAGUGUGAAGCCCUCUGCACACGGCUGGCCAUUAUGGUGAACGGGCGACUCAAGUGCCUGGGCAGCAUCCAGCACCUGAAGAACCGGUUUGGGGACGGCUACAUGAUCACCGUCAGGACCAAGUCCAGCCUAAACGUGAAGGAGGUGGCGCAGUUCUUCAGCCGGAACUUCCCGGAGGCCGUCCUCAAGGAGAGGCACCACACCAAGGUCCAGUACCAGCUGAAGUCGGAGCACAUCUCUCUGGCCCAGGUCUUCAGCAAGAUGGAGCAGGUGGUGGACGUCCUGGGCAUCGAGGACUACUCCGUCAGCCAGACCACGCUGGACAAUGUGUUUGUGAAUUUUGCCAAGAAGCAGAGCGACAACCUGGAGCAGCAGGAGAGCCUCCCGCCCUGCCCCAUAGACUCCCCUCUGCAGCGCCUCCUCAGCCUCCUGCGGCCCCGGGGGGCCCCGACAGAGCUGCGCACCAUGGUGGGGGAGGAGCCCGAAGAUCUGGAAACGGAUGAUGAGGGGCUGAUCAGCUUUGAGGAGGAGAGGGCCCAGCUCUCCUUCAACACGGACACCCUCUGCUGAAAACGGAGGGGACGCAGCCCCCUCCCUUGGCUGGGCAGCCCCUCGCCCCUUCCCGCUUGGUGGCUGCCAUCCUCUCUGCCCAGCGAGUGAGCGGGACGUCCUGAAGGCACCGAGAGGAGGCAUUGCCUGAGCCUUUGACCUGGGUGGCCCCCCAGGAUGGAGGGGGCCCUAUGCUGUUUUGUAGACGGCCAAGGACCGGACACAGCGCAGUCUGGCUGGUUGAGAAGACGUGGGGCGGGGCGCUGAUGCAGAGGAGGAACAGCGGCCUCCGUACCCCACUGGAACCCCACAGUUUGGGACAUUCGUCCUGGGAGAGACUGCGCUCUGCUGUGCCCCACUGCCUCUCCUGCCGCCCUGGGCCAGAUCUGACUGCGGGGGGCAGCUUGCCGUGCUGGAGUGGAUAGCUGGGCACCGUCAGCCUUUCCGGCCAAAGGGAAGCAAGAACGCUGAGGGGGGGGGGGGUAGAUCCUCCUGGACAAGUCUGGAGAUUGCGCCUCCCUCCGUCCUCUUUGCCCCUCCCCCCUCUCUCUCAGCCCAGGAACCAAAGCCCCCUGCCAGCUGCAUGAAGGCUCCGGAAGGGCUGGGCAUCUGAGCCAGCCUCCCCCCACUCAACCCAAAAGCAGCUCAAGGAAGCGCCUCUGUCUCCUCUAACCAGGCCUGGAGCUUUUUGCUUCCGGAUCUCCUUUUUAAAGCCUCAAGUAACACGCCCGGGCUGAGAGCCCCCCCCCUCCCUUCGGCUGUGGGGCAGGAGCUCCCCACUCUUCUGCUUGCGCCCUAACCUGGCAUGGCAUUAAUCGGAGGCCUCCGGUGGGAUCGCCAGGGUCUCUCAGGAGCUCUCAUUGCACAACGAGUCGCUGCCAGAGGAGAUGCCCUUCCAAGGGGAGCCAGGAGGGUCCCCUCCAGCGGCAUCUGGAAUUGCCCCAGAUGUGUGGGACUCUAGAUCCCGAUGUCCCAGCUGGUGGCUUGGGAAGAUUUAGUCUGAAAUGCAAGAAAUCCAGUCCAUGGUGCACCCCAUCCGUUCCUGGUGGGGAACGGCAAGCCCCCCCCCCACGCGCCGCUGCGGCACUUGCCCUCUUCUCCCUCCCCCAGCUGUGCACCGACCAGCAGAGAAGCCAAGAGGCCAGCAGGGGCUCCCCCAAAUGAAGAGGAGGGGGUGCUGGAAGACCUGGAGGUCUUUGGGACCAGAGCGAGGAUGGCAGCUUCUUUGCACGGAAGGAGUGUAAAUUGAAUUUGGAGGAAGGGGACAGUUUUAGACAGAGAUUGCAUCGGUUUAUUUUCGGCUUUGCAAGCACAAUGUUUUCUUUUAAAUUUAUUGGAGCGUCGGGGAGGGGUUUGGAGCCUAGGCAGGGUGUGAAACUGAUGGGAACUGUGCUGGGCUCUCUCCCCCCACAACAGCCGUGGGGUUCUGCCGGUCCCCUCUCUGGAAAUGGGCCCCGGACAUCCGGCACAAAGGGAGGCAUCAGGCCGCCUGCAAAGAGAAGCCGGCUUGGAGGACUCUCUGGCGAGCCCUCUUGCCCGGGGUCUGCUCGGCCCCUCCGGCCCUCCUCUCUGCCCCGAGCCCUGGCUGGGGGUGCUGAGCCCCCCCUUGGGGCAGCUUGCUCUCUUUGCAAAGAGCCUGUACAUUGCUAGAACCGGAAAAGCCAAUGUGAAAAGUAAUUAUUGUUUUAAUAAAAAAGUGAGAAUAACC